AAGUUUCCUCUAAGUCUAGAGCUCAGCGCUGGUCUGAUCCGCAGCUCUUUCCCUCUCAUCGGCGAAGGCGGGACUGUAUUAGCCGGACAGGGCGUUCUUUCUGCGGUCACAGGCGGCGUAGUCGUUCUAGGGGUGGGUCUUUCUUGGCAAAGGAAAACCCACCUUUUUCAUUGUUUGGAUCUCGAAGGAAUGUGAUGGUUUGAUCUUGCGGCGCAAGGGAGGGGGUGAGAGAAGGAACUAGCGAGGACCCUGCUGAGAGCUGCUCUAGUCAUCCUCAAAAAGUCAAACGCGACUGAGUUCUUUGCCCUUCCAGAAAGCUACCUCCAAUUGGUCACCGUUCUUCUGUUCACAAGGUGGUCAGAACUCACUUGGAUCAUCAGUGAUAGUGGUGACAAGACUGAAAGAAAAAGCAUUCGAAACAUCCUCCUGAAGGUAGGAAGGAAACAGGAACCUGUCCUUUAUCAUUUCUUCUUAAGAGUCCCGGAACCACUUAGAAAACAACACCAUACAAAUAUGUACCCCUCCAUCAAACAAUCAUAAAGACCUCACAGUAAAUUAGGAUAAGAAAGAAAAAAAUGACAGAAACAACAAGUCGCCAUCUGAGGCACAAGUUGCAGAGCUUCGGAAGACGUCUGGAUGAGCUUGAAGAGGCCAGAGGCAAACUACAGAAAGCUGAAGAUGAACUUCUUGACAUUCAGGACAAAAUCAUUCAGGCUGAGGGAAGCAAUUCGUCACUGUUUGCCGAUGUGGAGACAAUGCGGAAGAGAUUGCUCAAAAUUGAAGGUAAAGAUGAAGAGGUCAGGAAAGCAGAGGAUCUUUGUCGUGAGGUUCGGGAGAAAUUAGAUCAGGAAGAGAAACUUACCAAUAAUCUUAAAGCAGAGAUUGAGCGUCUUCAGCGUAGAAUGACUGAACUUGAGAAGCUUGAAGAGGCUUUUGGUAAAAGCAAGUCAGACAGUACCCAGUUGUGCCUUAGUCUUAAUGAAGAGAGAAACCUGACCAAAAAGCUUGCAGCAGAGCUUGAUACCUUGAAGGCCCGUGUCAAGGAAGUGGAUACUUCUGAAGCUCGACUUGACAGGACAGAAAAAUCCCUUACUGGAGAGAUGGAGAAACUAAAGAGUCUCACUCAGACCUUUGUGACUGAACGCAAAAGACUACUGGAAAGGCAGAGAGAGGAUGAGAAAAUCAUACUCAAGCUGACCGAGAAGCUUGAACGUCAGAAAAACAAACUAGACCCAGCAGACCACAGACGAUUUGAUUCCAGAAAUCUUCGAAUUGAGGAUGAGUUUUCAGCAAGCCUAACAAGCAAACUGGCCAGGAAGAAGAGUCUUGACUCCUUGAAGCUUUCAGGUGACCUAGAUUUAAGAAAUGAGUCAGAGAAUGAGAAAAAUAGCUUAGAGGGGCAAGAAGAUAAUAAAGUUAAAGACCUCAGCCAGGAAGUGGAAAGACUGAAGAAUCGUUUGAAACAGAUGGAGUUAGUGGAGGAGGAUUUGAAAAACAUGGAAUCCAAGAAUGCUGAAUUGAUCGAAAAGUACCAGCAGGAGAGAAACCGUAGUCAAGCUCUCAAUGACCAGGUUGAGCAGCUGAAAAUGCAGCUCAAUGGUUGCAGCAGUAGUAAUGGAAAUUCUGCAAUUACCAGCACUACAAAGGUCCUAGAAAAUGGCAAGGCAGAAAAUGAAGAGAUCCAUGUACGAAGCUUCAGACAGGAGAAACCUAAAAUGCUAAAUAGGACUCCUGCUGCUUCUGAACCAGUCACCUCAAAGUACAAAAGCAGACAGGCAUCUCCUCAGCAGAGACGAGAAACUAAGCAGAGGAAUAAAGACCUGUGUCACUCCACAGAAAGCUCCCCAAAGACUGUACGAAGGACUCUUAGUCCAGCACAUGGUAUCAGGAAAGGUGCGAGGACUGGUGCGUCAAGUACUACUACUGAUAAUGAGACAAAAGAUGGAAAGAAAGAUGAAAAAAUUGGAAGUGCCUCAUCAAGUACUCUCAGUGAAAGCAAGAAAGUUUCAGUCCUUAGUCGCUAUCCUCCAGCUGCUAAUGACCAAAAGUCUUGGAAGCCAUCGGUCAAGCAAAUCGACAGUGAUAGCAAUAAGAGUCGAACAGAGAAGUUGUCCAGGUACCCUGGAAAUGAUAGUGAAUCAAACAACUCUGAUGGGUCACUCCUAAUUUCAGCCAGUGCUGCUGUCAUUGCUUCAUCUGAGAAGGGACUAACUGAACCUGAGAAUCUAGAUCAGGAUGCUUCUGCAAUGUUGAGUAGGUCCAAGGCAAAUGGAUCCUAUACUGCUUACAGAUCCUAUGUAUCUCCAUCUGUUCUGAGUGAGCAUGGUUCUGAUGGUCACUCCUCAGCCUCUGAAACAGAAUCCACUGGCUCCAGACGAUCGGUAGGUGAGCAAAAUGACCCCCUGAUGUCAAGUGGAAGAAAAUACACUCGAUACUCACGAUUGCAAGAAUCUUACUCUGAUGGUUCCUCAAAGGUCCCCUUCAGCGAGGAGCAACACAGGCCUCUUACGGUGGAAGGGGAUAACCAGGAAACUAUGCAUUCUACCUCAGGUAUUGAGGUCCGCAGGUUAUGCAGCCCUCGUGAAGCCCUCCGGUCAAAAGCUAUCAUCAAGCAAGCCAUUGUUGAGAUUGAUAGAAAGGAAAUGUUGUCAGGGGGAGUCACAGAGCCUUUGACCACCAGUGGGAAACCCAAGAUCUCCACUAAGCCAGUAUUGACUAGCAAGAUGACCAGCAGUAUCACCUUCUAUCCCAAUGACCCCAGUUCCUCUCGAACAAGCAGUCGGAGCAGUAGUUUAUCAAGCGAACCCCCUUCCAAGGAAAGGCACACUUCCACAAGUAAUAUUGUUAUCAGCCCCAGUAUUGAGCACAGAGGAAGCAUCUCUAUACCUUAUGAAAUAUCCAUCCCAAAGAGUGAGAUCACUCUACGUCAAAGUGAGGUUGAUGCUGAAUAUUCUGAAACUCACAGUUGCCUUGAGACUUCUCCUGUGGAAACAGCUCUCAUAUCUCAAAGCAGCUUCAGCCUCCAGUCUUCAGAAGCUUCAGACUUGAACAAUGACAUUGAGUCUGGCUUUGAGAGCAGCAGUAGCAGCACCACCAUGACCAGCUGGAGAAGCUACCACAACCACAACUCAUAUGAUGACAGUUUGUCAGAAAUGAGAAAUGUCACUGUCAGGAGCACUUGGAGAAGCCGUGGGGCAGCUUCUGUGGAUGAUUCUGCUCGAGCACUAAGGCAAGAUGGCACAGAGGAUGAGGGCGAGUCUGCAACCACCUGGAGAGCAUAUAGGGCAACUACAGUGAUGGAAACUCCAUCAAACUCCAACUCUGCAAAUUGUGGAGGUAAAGCAAGCCCAGUCGAAGUAUACAUGCGUAGGAUCAACAAUGCAGCACCAUCAGUCCCUGAUCUGGGACGACGGAACAAGAAGAGUCCUUCUCCAGAGAGAGCUAUUGCACAUGAGCCUGUCAGUGCUCAGCAACUUCAGCCAAGAGGCCGUAAACACCCCAUAUCUGCAGAUGAUCGAGAAAGCCCACCGUCCUUAUGGCGAAGGCAGCCUGCAGGUGACGUGGACCUGUACGAAAAGUCUGGGAGUCGUGGAGCGUGGUCUAGCAGAAACCGAGCAGCUGAUGGAAGCCGGUCGUGGUCAAAUCGUCAUCUGGACAAUUGACCCAGAUUACCCACAUUUCCAACUAGUGUUCUUACAUCUCAAAGUGGCUCUUGUGCGCAAGGAAUGAAGCUCAUCUCAUCUCUUCAGUUACACCAUAUCUUUAAAGACCAUCAGAUGAACAGAUUUCCAGACAGUGACUCCUGGGAACCACCUCAUUGAGCUCUGACAUCAAUCACACCUGUAUGAAUUCACCAUCUUCCAGCUGUCGUUUGGGAACAGCAGUCACAUGCUCCUACAGCGAUGAAUCCUCUUCUGCUCCCCGUAGUGUAUUAAAGUCUUCAGAUGUGACAAGGGAGAGGCGCAGACAUGUGACUGUGUUUGAAGGAUGUGAAAGGGGCUUUGGAUCAGCACUUUGAGAACCCCACACAGUCCUCCCUGGUGCCACAGGUCCUGGUAGAUGUCCAAACCUGAGUUUCAUGUGUUUUCACAAGGAGCAGGUUACAUCUUGUGGCUUUGUAAGUAGUCUGACAAUCUCACUUGUUUCUGGAUGGUGUUUAAUUCAGGAAUCAAUUGGGAUUAUUGCACACAUCUAAAAUUAAUUGAAGGCGUUCACACAUAGAGCCAGUAGUCAACCACAUGCUAAGUCUUAAGUGUGCAUUAAUGUACAUAUACCCAGUUUUUCAUGCCUGGUGCCCAAGUUUAUUUAAUCUUAUUUGUAAUUUGCUCCUUGUAUCUGAUAAUGUCUAUUGAAUUGUAUUAUUUUACUAGUACUAUUCCUUCAUCUUCAUCUCUUUAACUGGAUUUGAUGGUCUCACAAUCAGCAUAGCGAAUACACAGGACCACCGACACUAAGAAGCUGGGAAACACAUCUGCAUGUUGACUCUUUCCUGUCUAAGUAGCUCUGAAGGGAUGUUUGCUUUGGAUUCCAAACCAGCUAGAGAAGAAUCCAGUCAUCUAGAGCUCAUCUCGAUGUGACCUCGUCCAUUUGGGUAGCUAACUGGGAUUAACCCAAAUGUUGAAAUUUAUGGAGGAUUUUCAGAGCGGACUCCACAGCUGCUCUGUGACUCUACUUGCAAACUUUGCACAGAAAGACAUUGGUCCGAACUCUCAGUGUGUCUUGGGAAACCAGCGUUAGGAAUUCUGCUGGUCUUAGCCAGUCUUAAAAAAAACCCUAGAUGGGUUGUGUUUUCAGUUAUUUCAGCUGUACAGCUUCAGCUUGUUGAGCCUUGAGGGUGGCUAGCAUGACACCACAGAGGAUCCAGAAUGCUUAAGUUAGGAAUGCCUGUGCUUGGAUAAAUGGCCUCACCAUUGAAAACAUCUGAAUGCCCAUCACUUUGUCCUCAUGUGGAAAUAUUAUUGAAUAGAGCUGCUGCAGUUGAAAAGUCUUGUACUGUUUCUAUUAGGUUUUAAACUCUGGUGCCACCAAUGAUUUAUUUUCUCAUUCAGGCUUAGAUUCCUAUUGUCCUUGAAUACUCUAAAGUGUCUGUGUGUAUUAAUAUCUCUCUUAUACAAUACUGUGUCUCGAUUGAACCCGACGAUGACGACGAAGGGUCCAUUAUCCCUCGGCCCGCCAGAUGAUCUCAGUCUCCAAUGUCACUGGAAUGUGGGAUGUUUUAUUUUUGUGUUUGUUUUAAUCUAAUGCUGUACAUGUAAAGUUCUGGGAGUUGAUGUUCAGGUGGGCAGUUUGCUUUCUUCGCAGCAUCUUACUUGCUUAUUACUGCUUUAAAAAGAUCCACACCUCACCAUCAGUCAGUUUUUCUUCGUUCUGGUUAUGUGUGCUUCUGUGUCCUGUAUUCAUCCCUCUGCUUGGGCUGGAAGGAGUCUUUGAAACACAAGUGGAUUUUUUUUUUUUAUUUCAUUUGGUCUAUCGAUUGAUCCAUUUUAAGUCAUUCUAAUGAAUUUGUAUUUGCACUUAAAUCAUUAAAACAGUUUUAUAAAGUACAAAAUCAGACUAGAUCCUUCUGAAAAUCAGUUAUUUCUGAUGUAUAAAUAAUGUUUUUACAGCUUUGGUUUGGAUUAUACCUCAGAAAUGGAGACACUACACAUAAUUGAUGUGGUUUAGCAGCAAAAAGAUUUACGUGUAACGAAUAAUAUAAUGAUUUUACCAACAAACAUCAAACCAAGACUUCAUUUUCUACACCAUACCGCAUUUAUAGUAUAUAUUUGUCAUGCAUUUCUGAAAGUUUUUCAAUUACUUAUUAGACUUCGGUCGGUAGUUUGGCUUUGUACCAAACAUGUCUUUCCAAAUGCAUUCCCCAGACUUCACCUCGGCUUCCUGUUCAGGGGUCUUGGGUUGAAGCGAACAUGCUGGUUCCUGUAUCUCAUGCCCUUGCUUUCCCAGAAUACUUCUGCUGUAAUCCAAGCUGCCGGUCCCUAAAGCCAUUUUAUUAGCUGGCUAAAGCAAAGGCAGCAGUCAUGAUAUACAACUCCUGUGUUGGUUGCAGGUCGUAGGUCAGUGCUGCAUUUGAUGGGCGUAUAACUUGUGAGGGAGGAAGUGAGACCAGCUGGCAGCAAAAGAGAAGGCAGAAAGGGUGAACUGUUUGGGAUGGUGUCCACGUGUGGUACCAAGAAGGACAAGGAGGGUCAGCCUGGAUUCUGUAGAGUUUUAGCCAUUUCUCAUCUUCCACAAAUAGUUUCAGGCAUUAUGAAUUGUAAAUCCCUCUAUAAUAAAAUUGUACCCGCUCAAAGCUUGCAAACAUGAUCCUAAAACUGCAGCAUGAGCCGGAUGGAUGUGAUGAUAUAGUGCGAGUCUGUACUGGAAAUCCCAGCAGACUCUUCCCUCCCACCCCCCCGGCCAGGCAAAGGUUUCUAGGCUGCUUUGUGGCUUCAACGCGCAACCGCAGCUGUCGGAAACCGUCAUUUUUAUGUGCUCACAAGUCAGUCCAAGUUUCUGAAGGAGGCCGACUGAAUCCACAAUUGUCAAGGAAUUCUUCCUCAGUUCUCAACCCCAUUAACUAAUGUGUCAGUAAACCGUUCGCCCUCAGAAGUCAUCGAACACAUGUCUUUGAUUUUCAUUCCUCCACUUCUGUCUUUAGCUCUCGGUGGAAAUAAUGGCUGUGAGCUUCGAUUACACGUCUCAGAACAGAUCAAAGGUUAUAUAGUUUCACAUACUGUUCGUUUAAAAGAACUAAAUAUCUUAAAAAUAUCUCCCUACAUCAAGGUUUUCCUAUCUACAUCACUUUUGUGUACAUUAAUGAGGUCAGUCUUAACCUAGUUAUGACACCAGUCAGAAAGCAUUACCAUGUUAAGCUUCUGACAGAUGUUGAUUGAUUACUCAGAAUGGUUUUUAAUCAUUUUUAGUUACAAUUUUCUAUGCCUUAUUGAAGAGAGUAGUAGUAAAUUUGUUCUAAAUGUCAUUUAUAAGCAAUAAAGUAAUAUUGAAUGUACAGAAGAUAAAGUUUGAAGGCCGCAUUGUGAGCCGGCAUUGGUCCUGAAAGGUCAAAAAUAGGUCACGGUGAGAAUCUGCACUUAACCAGCACUUAACCUAAAUGAUUAUUUUAAGCCUUUCCUUAACCUUUAUGGAUUUCAUUUUCUAAUAUGCCUAUUUUGUUUUCCCCCAAUGAAUUUCCCCCUUAUCAUUUGAAUGUACAGCCAUCAAAGAUGUGUGUGUGUGUGUGUAUAUAUAUAUACGUGUGUUUGUGCACUGGCCAAAAUGAAAGAAUAAGUUCACCUACAAACAACUGUGAGGCAGAUCUUGUAUUGUUGGUGUUGACAAAUGGACUGUCCACAUUAUUUGUAUAGACUGCAAAGUGUUUUAUUUUAAUUGGUCUUCUUUUUUUCCUGUACGGCCAAGUGCUUUGUUCUGCUUUUUUAAACUGACACGUAAUGUGCCAAAAAUCAUUCCAAGAUGUUGUAGUUUACAAGGAAACUUAACAGCUUCUUAAGCAUUACUGAAAUUAAAAGGGUAAAUAUUUCUGCCGUCAAGCUUUUCCUUCUUUAUCUGCUUUUUUCUCCCCUCCUCAAACUACAAUAGGAUAAGUUUUAUUUAAAAGUAUCCUGUAAUAUUGUAAAGUGGGCCAUUCAUUUUUUCCCUUUUUUUGUUUGUGUAGAUGUGUACCUUUAUUGGGCUCCUGGAGAGUGUUUUUUGGCUUAUUAAUUUCAAUGUUUUAUUUGUAAUUUGUAUGAACUAUUAAAUUUAGCAGACUCCGUUCACCAGCUUUUCAAACGUUGCUUUUUUUCUUUCAUUCUAAGGGAAGUGUUUAGGUAAAGUAAGAUUAAUAUGUUGAGCCAGAGGCUCAGUAUGGUUCAGUUCUGUACUGUUCUCAUCUUUUAUUAACCGCUCAGACUGUGGGUUUCCCUUCUGUUCAUUCAGGGUUCAUUCAUCUCCUGUGCCGUAUUAAAAGCGCUGCCAAAGACAGAUUUCAGGCCUUAAACACACUUACGCAAACACGCUGUAACACAGAGUAACUGAAUUUAAGUUCACUGAUAUUUGCUUACGCUGUCUCUCAAAGACACUGCACAUAUAAAUCCAGGCCUGCAUCAUUAAAGAACGGACAGAAUGGUUAUCAAGCAGGUGUUGGUACGGUGUGAACCUGUGGUGAGGAAACAGUUGAACAUGCUCAUUGUAUUAAACCUCUCAGUGUCAGCAAUAACACACACUGUGUUUCAGUCUUACACCUUUGUACUGUAACAUCUGUGCAUUUUUCAGCAUUGUGCAUGGAGCUAGACAUCUCUUUAGGCUUAACUGCAGACUAUAUGUAUUCCAGCUAAUAUAAUAAAAGCAACUUGUUUGUAA